AUGGGCAAUCUAACCAGUCCUCUGUACCUACUCGGGCCUCCCCUCUUGCUGUUGGUCUCGAUACCUCUGGCCCUCUUAGCUACCGUUACGACGACCAUCGCCAUCAGCACCCUCGCUGUACGCGUAUCUAUCGUAUAUUUCGAGCUAGGAGUCGCCCUUUUCCACUCAUACCUCUUCCCUCCUCCCGUCAAAACCGUCCCGAAGCCACCGUCUCCUCGUCGUAUAUCUCCUCACCGCUCUCGUAAUCGCCGAAGCAGUGUCACCAGUACGACAUCGUCACAAGAUACUACUGUCCCUCAAACCCAUGGCCCGCGGUUACAUAAUAAGAGUGGAUCAUUUGCAUCUCUCAUUGGGACGAGCUCACCCACACGAGACUUCGAGGGUGUCGGUGGAUGGAGAGUACCCGGUGAUGAUGACGAAGAGGCACUAUGGAUGGGCAUGAACUCCAGGCUUGAACUUCCAGCUGUCAUGCCAAAGCGUAAACACCAGAGAAGUCUUACGGGAGGUAGCCAGAGAUGGAGCUGGAGCCCCGAGGCCAUGCGGAUGAGCCCUAUGCAGAGCCGAGCGAGGACGCCCGGGGACGAACGACCACUGGGAGACGAAUAUUUCCCUCUGCAACCCAAUACGAAGCCCUUUAGUACGGCGUCCGAUCCAGUAGGGAGGAGCGAUUAUGAUGGAGGGAGGAAAAGCAUGGGUGACAGUAGUUCCUCGAGCGCUGGCUCCAGCUCGAGGAGACCAAGUAUGGCGAUGAAGCAGGCUGGUGACUGAGACCUCAACCAAUCAUAGCUGUAAUAUGUGCGAACUACAGUUGCAUUAGCAUACGGCACAUCUUCAAAGAUACUCGUAGAAACCUGAGAC